AUGUCUUAUGCUGUGAUGCGGAUCCUCUUCCUGGGCUUCUUCCUGCACUUUGCUUAUGUCUCCCAGACCCCGGACUUCUGGAAUGAUCAUGUGGACUACCCUAGGACCAAUGUCUUAGGAAGCUCAUCCAAAUACUGUAAUGUGAUGAUGAGGCGGAGGGGGUUAAAUGUCCAAAAUGCCUGCCUGUAUUACAACACUUUCAUCCAUGCGAGAAACGACAGCAUUCUCAAAACUUGUGCAAAUUUCAGUCCAUGCCAACCGUCAUUCCAGGAAUUACCCUGCCAUAUAAGCCCCUACCCAAUGUUGGUGACACGUUGUGUUGUCAAGACCCGUGCCAUUUUCCCUAAGUGCCAAAUGUCUCCUGCAGUGAAGUGGACCAUUUUCUUGCUCAUCAUCCUGAACCUGUCUCACUUCUCCCAGACUAACAAAGACUUCUGGACUCUCCAUGUAGACUACCCCAAGACCAAAGCCUCAGGAAACCCACCUGACUACUGCAGUAAGAUGCUGAGGCAAAGGGAGCUAAUUAACAGUACUAACAUCAGGCCUUUCCAUACCUUCAUCCAUGAGUCAAAGAGUACCAUCCUCAAUAUCUGUGCUAACUCUACCGACCCCCACCGUGCUUCCUUUGCACCAAACUCUUAUGAAAGUCACAAACCAGUUCACCUGACAGAAUGUUGUAUCAAGUCCUGUGACCGUAAUUUUGUCUGUACAUAUACAGAAACAAACAAAAUGUCAACAAUUAGAUUAACUUGUUUAAAUGGACAACCAGAUGAAUUAAUUACCUACAUUCAUUAUUCUCCCACAAAUAUUCUAAUUAAUCUCUUAUUUGGGGGUCUCAACAGUCGCUGA